AUGCCACCUAAAAGAAAAACACGAGGUGCCGCAGCAAAGCAAAAGGAAGAAACCGAAGAGAGAGAUGUUGUAGAGGAAACAAACACAGAAGUAGAACAACCCAAGGAAAAACGACGUCGGACAUCGGUUACAUCCGAUCCUUCUCGCGACACAGAUCCAGUCGAGAAAUCCACAACAGACGACCCACAAGACAAUACAGAUAAAGCAUCACCCGCAUCAACUCAAGAAAGUGAAGCGAAAGCAAGCAGUACGCUAGAAGCACGAAUGGCAAAACUGAAAGAACUCAAACGACGAAGGGCAACGGAAGUAGAGCAAGGCAAUCGUCGUGAUCGCAAUCUCGAAUUCCAGCGUAGCAAGGAAAAUCCCCGUGCCGAGGCACGUAACGAACGAAAGAAGCAAGAAGCAUUGAAGCUGUUGGAAAAACAGCAAGCACAAGAUCAAGGCGAGGAUUACGAACGAAAACAAUUCUGGAAAUACUCAGCCGAAUCUGUGGAUGCUUGGGAGAAACGCAUGGCAAAGAAAGCUCAGCGAGCGAAUCAAGGCUUCACCGAUCACGUUCAAGCCGCUCACAAAAAAUAUCUCAAACUGAUUUCAGAAUUAAAGCCGGAUAUGACCGCCUAUGCCGAGAAGAAAAUGGAGAGUAUUGAACGAGCCAUUCAAAACGGCGAAGAUCCUUCCGAUAUCAUGGCCAUUGUAAACAGUCUCGAUUACGCAUCCAUGGAUGACAGACCUUCCCAGGAAGCCAUUGACCGACUAGCAGCCGAAACCAAGAAACAGAUUCAACGACGAGAAACCCGAUCGCGUGAUCGUAAAGAAGCCACAGAUGACAUCUCAUGGAUCAACGAGAAGAAUCGUGUCUUCAACCAGAAGAUUGCUCGAUUCUAUGAUAAAUAUACAAAGGAGAUUCGCGAGAACCUUGAGAGAGGCACUGCGUUAUAA